CCGAAAUGUGGGCCGAAUCCUAUGCUGCUGAUCUGGGACUUGCACCAGAGUUCAAAACUGCCAUUGCACACGAUAUUCGCGAGCAAGUACAGGUCAUGCGGAAGAGCUUAAUCAUCUCCGGACACCCGCUCGAAGGACCCGUGCUCGACGCAGAGUUGCGCACUUCCUUCCUUCCGCCCUUAUUGCCCACCUACCUCACGCGGAACGCUGACGAAGCAAUGCAUUUUACACCUAUCUUGUCCCACUUGACUGAAGCUGAGAUUGCCCGCGAAGAGGCAGAGAGGGAAAAGGAAGCUCGCAGGCGCAAGCGACAGACACGUGGACGGCGCGGGGUCCAGCAGCUGCCGGAUCGCGAGCCGCUCAAGACCCAGCGCUCUAUUCCCCUUGUUGGAAGCAUGGCGCCCCGCGAACAAGUGCCACUAGUACCCGUCCUCACAAGCAGGCGUGCCGCUGCCGCUGCUGCGACAGCGAACAUCGCCAAGGAUCUACCUCAGCCCGAACAACUCGAACGGACUGGUCCUGCUCCGCCGGCUCUUGUUGGCCCCACGCUUUCUUUACCGCCCAGGAAGAAAUCCCAGAAAGCUGUCGAGGAAGUCGCUGCUGCUGAGGCAGCCGCUACAAACUCCGAGGGUGCCACCGCUCAGAAGACCCCAGCUGAACGUCAGCGCCCUGCUACCAAGAAGCAGCUGCGUGAGAAGGAGCGCGAGGCUAAGGAAAUGGAGUACGCUGACACACAGAAAGAGAAUGUCAUCAAUGGGAUAUGGCACUGCUCGAACUGUGGUUGCCCCGAGAGCAUCGCUGUUGGGCGCAGGAAAGGUCCACUCGGAGAGAAAACCAUGUGCGGUGCUUGUGGAAAGUACUGGCAUCGAUACCGGCGGCCAAGAGAAGUGGAGUACAAUACGAGCGAAGAAUACCAUCGUAACCUUCGAGACGCAGAAGAGGCCGCUAAACGAGGCACUAAGUACAAGAAGAAGCCAACUGCCCUUGCUAGCUUGGAGGCAGAGACUCCCGACAUCGAGAUGCUCGAGGCUCCACCAGUUGAGGAGGGAGUUCCGGAAGAGGUUGAGGCCAUACCUACACUACCGACUCUAGAGACGGCCCCGCCAGCUGGCACACUGACUGUGGAGGAUGCAUCGAAACCCAGCCAUCCCUCGCCAGCAUUCGCUGAUAUGCCUUUUGGCGAGUCAUCAGAUGAAGAAUUCAUUGUAGCAGUACCCAGAACCCCUACGAAAUCGUCGUCGACUAAGCCCGUCUCCACCGAUACAGCUGCCCCGCCAGAGACGAGUCCUGUGUUAUCGUCGACCAAGCCUCCCUCACCAUCGAAACCUAAGACUACGGCUAGGAUACCGAAGCCGAAGUGGCUCGCCGAUGCAUAUGAGGCCCUCAUGGCAAAAUAUCCUAACGACCGAAUCGAGAUUGUGCCCAAAGCCAAUGCUGACCCGAAUGCACCUGCUGAAUGGAAAGUCAAAUGCCUGGAUUGCCCUGGCAAGUUAUACAAUACAGGUCCUCCCAAGCAAAACGCACCCCCGCCGGAACCAGGCAAGAACCCCGAGGAGACCUUGUCUGGUUUCGAAGUUCAUUUGAAGAAUCGAAACCAUCGUCGUGGUGUGGAGACCCGUUUGAGUGGCAAACCGCUGGUCCCUGGGUCAUAGGCCUAAUCCUCUAUUCUCUUCCUCUCACUCUUUCCGUACAACUAGUUUUCUCAGCUC